UCUAAUCGCGGCAAUUUCUUGGCUACCCGAGUUUGGGAGUAGUUAUUAUAAAUUUGGUAAUUCCUAAGACUGAUCGGGAAAGAUGUUUGCAAAGCAAGGAGUUCCACCAGACUCAGGAUCUACUCCGACUAGCUCCCCUCUAAGUGGGGGUCCCCCUUCUUCUCCAUGUCCCCCGACCCCUCUGAGGAAGACGAUUCCGGCUCUCAAUAUGCGCAUGAAAACAUUCAAGAAGUCGAGUGCGAAAAUUCAUGACUCAUUGUCUAGGUGUAGAUCUGGCAAGCCUCUACACAGGUACUCUGGCUGUCAAAGAGGAAGUAAUCUGGAGCUCCUACGUAAGGCGCUGCAGCCUUCGAUCAACCGAGAGAUGCAGAAGAUGUUUGACGACUACCACGAGUUGUUCUCCAUGGCCAACGAGAACAUCCGCGAGAACAUCGCCAAGGACGACGAUAGUAGACCCGAACAGUUCCUGCUGGUGGCCAUGCGAAUAGCCAUCGAGGAGGCCAAGAGGUCAUUCGCCACUCAGUUCCCACCCUACAAUGCCGCAAAUGCACUGCCUCUCCCGAGACCAGUCAAAAAGCGACCAGUCGUGGCCGCCAUGGAUGCCAGUCGUCUUCUGGCAGUCAUCGACGGAUCCGAGUUUGGUCCAGAUAACACUCAAGGCCACGACAACAACCACAGCUCAAGUUGGAGCCAAAAUCCCCAGUCUCAGCAAUCUUCUUUGUCUUCCACGUCAGUGCAAUGCAGCAGUGGGAACAACAAACGACCUCCCAUGCAAUGGAGUCUAUCUCGAAUUAACUCGGAUACCCUUUUCACACUCGGAAGCCGAGCUAAUAAAGCUCUGGGAUUGGGCACGACUAGAGGCCGACUCUACAUCAAACACCCGGAGAUUUUCAAAUACCCUGCCGACCAGGCGGAUAAACAAUGGUUAUCGGAGAACGGACACAUGCAAGGAGUCGGAGGUCGGGUGUAUCUUGUCUUCACCGAAGAUUUGUUCGACCUCGCUGAAUCAAGAGAGUAUAAAAAUAUGCCAGGUGUAAAUCCAGCGCUAAUUUCUGGCUUUAAACUUCCGACGCAUAUCCAAAAUAAAGCCAGGCAGUACAUGAGCACAAUGGUGCAAUACAUUAAGAAAGCGGCGUCAAAUGUGGCAGUGACUCAGCAGAAUAUGACUGGCGGAGAGCCUUCGGUUUCGUCGGCUCAUGUGCAAGUCGGCUCAGUGAACGGCGGGCCUUUGAGAGAAGUGAAUGCUAUGUCCAGUGCAUCGGGUCAUAUAUCAAACAAAACUUAACCUGACUUGCAAGCUGCUCUCUAUUCUUGAACUGUCUCAUUUGAACUCGUCCAAAAAAGUUGAAAUCAUUUUAAUUAUAAUUCUAUAUUCUCAAUUGCAUUGCAUAUUACUCUUGAAUACACUUGAAUGGAUUUAUAUCUUCAAUGUCGGGAUUUGAUGUUUGUGCUUUUUCGUAUCCGGUUUAAUAAUUUAUAAAUCAGUAAACCCUCUUCUGUUGAAAAAU